AUGCCGAGCUCAACUCCCAUCUCCACCGCGUCGAUCCACUGCUCUCUUCUCAUCGGCCUCACAUAUCUUUUCCUCACUCUGGUCAUUUCCGUUCUCCUCCCUCCCUCCCUUUUCUUCCCUCUUUUUCCAUCCUCUGCCAUCCAGGGACUUCCCGUGCGUGUUUGUUCCCACGUUUCCUUUUUUACUUGCCCUGUUCGCUAUCGCUCGGACCAGGAGAGCUUAAGCCUUAAGCCUUGGGAGUCCGUCGGUCCCUCCACGCAGAAGUGUCUCGUUCUCGUUCUCCCUCCGUCCGCGCCUCACUUUAGCAGCGUUUCGCAAGCGCCCAACUCGUCAAGCUCUCUUCUACCUGCAGAGAACUACCGAAAGGGCCAGAAACCAGCAAAAUAG